GGGCGGCGCGCUGACCGCACUGCGGGAUCGAGCGCGCUCCCAGAGCCGGGGUUACCGGCGGCGGGGUGUCUGUGUUCGCCUUAUACCCCAGCCAGCUCCUCCUGGCGCGGGAAGCCCCUUUGCUUUGUCCCGGCGUCGGCUCCGGCGAGACGGACUGCCGGCCGCACCGCGCUCUCCUUCCUGUUCCUGAUUGAAUUAAUGCUUUACAUUACAACGCAGUGCUCCCUGUAAAGCUGAGAUAUGCCCACUGGUGAGACUUUCAUGAAAUUUGAGAGUGAAGCCAAAGUGAAAACCAAAGUUUGUUUUGAGGAACUGCUUAAGGCCCACGGUGAUCUAAUAUGCGAAAGAAAAAAACUGAAGAAAAAAAUCGGCAAAUCUAGAGGAAAAAUUUCACGUGACCCUGUUAAAAGCAAUCUUCAGAAAAUAGAGGAAAUUAAAAGUGAAGUAAUUGCUGCUAACACUAAUAACCCAGAGAAGAGCAUGCCACUCGCUAAAAACAAACCAAGCAAUCCACAGUCAACAGCUGAAAAUCAAGAUGGUGAUACUAGUGUAGAGGAAGACAACCAAGAAAAAGAAAAUAGGAAGGUUAAAAAAGCAGUGUGCCAAGAAAUGGAACUGGAAAUACCUGAGAAGAAGGUGGAGAAGUCACAGCCAGGUGUUACUCAUCAGAAAAAUGAGAAGGUAAAUGAAGAAAAAGAAAAUAAUAAUUUAGAUGAGGAAGAAGUAUUGAAGCAAGUAUACCACUCCCAGGUAGCUGAAGAAAUGGCAAAGGAGAUUAAGAAGAAAAUACGAAAGAAACUCAAAGAGCAGCUGUCUUACCUUCCCUCAGAUACUUCUUUGCAUGAUGACAAAUUGAACAUUGAAAAAAGAAAAAAGGAAAAAAAGAAAGUUCCAAUCCUGUCUAACAUUGAAACAAGUACAUUGCCCAUCUCUGAUGUCACAAUUGAAGGUAAACAAAAGGAGGAAAGUACAGUUGGAACAGUUACUUCAGAUUCUCAUCAAAAUGAUGAAAUAACCUCAGUGAAACAAAACAUAGAAGACAGCAUGCAAGAUGACACAAAAUCCAAACCAAAAGAAAAGAAGAAGAAGCCUAAAGCAGCCCCGCGUGAAUGCCAAAGUCUCUGCUGGCUUCUCUGUCCCCCAGUAGGGACCUUCUGCCAGGGGCCAUGCCAGGAUUCUCAACCUCUAGCUGCGCCCAGAAUUGAUGAUAAUGAAGACACUGAUGCUAAUGAUGGCGUUCAUGAAAUAACAAGUAGAGAUAGUCCAGUUUAUUCCAAAUGUUUGCUUGAUGAUGACCUUGUCCUGGGAGUUUACAUUCACCGAACUGAUCGACUAAAGUCAGAUUUUAUGAUUUCUCACCCGAUGGUAAAAAUUCAUGUGGUUGAUCAGAAUACUGGUCAAUAUGUCAAGAAAGAUAAUAGUGAACGGCCUGUUUCAUCCUACUUUGAAAAAGACAACGUGGGUUAUGUUCUUCCUAUUAUGACUCAGCCAUAUGAUUUUAAACAGUUAAAAUCAAGGCUUCCAGAGUGGGAAGAACAAAUUAUAUUUAAUGAAAACUUUUCCUAUUUGCUUCGAGAAUUUGAGGAGAGCCCUAAAGUCAUCCUGUUCUUCGAGAUUCUUGAUUUCUUAAGUAUGGAUGAAAUUAGGAAUAACUCGGAAAUUCAAAACCAAAAAUGUGGCUUUCGGAAAAUUGCCUGGGCAUUUCUCAGGCUUCUAGGAGCCAAUGGAAAUGUAAACAUCAAUUCAAAACUUCGCUUGCAGCUGUAUUACCCACCAACAAGGCCUCGAUCCCAGUCAAAUGUCGUUGAGGUUUUUGAAUGGUGGUCAAAAUGUCCAAGAAAUCAUUAUCCAUCUACAUUGUAUGUAACUGUAAGAGGAUUGAAAGUUCCAGAAUGUAUAAAGCCGUCUUACUGUUCUGUGAUGGCGCCUCAGGAGGAAAAAGGGAAACCAGUGUAUUGUGAGCAACACCGUGAGUCAAGUUCAGUAGAGACAGAACCUGGACUAGAAGUUGCAAAGGAUGAUGUAAAGUGGAAACGACUACCUGGGCAGGCUUGCCGUAUCCCAAACAAGCAGCUUUUCUCACUAAGUGCAGGAGAACGAGGAUGUUUUUGUCUUGCUUUCUCUCACAACGGAAGAAGAUUAGCAGCAGCCUGUGCCAGCCGGGAUGGAUAUCCAAUUAUUUUAUACGAAAUACCUUCUGGACGUUUCAUGAGACAAUUGUAUGGCCACCUCAAUAUCAUUUAUGAUAUUUGCUGGUCAAAAGAUGAUCGCUAUAUCCUUACUGCAUCAUCUGAUGGCACUGCCAGGAUAUGGAAAAACGAAGUAGACAGUACAAAGACUUUCAGAGUUUUACCUCAUCCUACUUUUGUUUACACGGCUAAAUUCCAUCCAGCUGUAAAAGAGCUGGUUGUCACAGGAUGCUAUGAUUCUGUGAUACGCAUAUGGAAAGUUGAUACGAGAGAAGAUAGUACCAUGUUGGUACGACAGAUUGACACACACAGGAGUUUCAUCAACUCUCUCUGUUUUGAUAUUGAAGUCAAGUCACAAAAGGAAAUUAAAGAGAGUGAGUUUAAGGGGAUUCCAAUAAGUUAUUUGGAGGUUCAUCCCAAUGGGAAACGUUUGUUAAUCCACACCAAAGACAGUACUUUGAGAAUUAUGGAUCUCCGAAUAUUAGCAGCAAGGAAGUUUGUAGGAGCAGCCAAUUAUCGGGAGAAGAUUCAUAGCACUUUGACACCAUGUGGGACUUAUCUCUUUGCUGGAAGUGAGGAUGGGAUAGUGUAUGUUUGGAAACCAGAAACAGGAGAACAAGUAGCGAUGUAUUCUGACCUGCCGUAUAAGUCACCCAUUCGAGACAUUGCUUAUCACCCACUUGAAAAUAUGGUUGCAUUUUGUGCAUUUGGGCAGAAUGAGCCAAUUCUUCUGUAUAUUUACGAUUUCCAGGUUGCCCAGCAAGAGGCUGAAAUGUUCAAAUGCUACAAUGGCACAUUUCCAUUCCCUGGAAUACACCAAAGUGAAGAAGCUUUAUGCACCUGUCCUAAAUUGCCUCAGCAAGGCUCUUUUCAGAUUGAUGACUAUGUCCACACUGAAGAUUCUUUGGUGAAGAUGCAGCAAGUAAAACAAAGGCUCGAUUCUGUCACAGAGGUGAUGCGAGCCUGUGCUGCAAAGGUCAACAAAAAUCUCUCAUUCACUUCUACAGUAUCCUCCUCACAACAAUAUAAGGCAAAACAGCCAAACGUGCUGGACUCUCAUCAGAUUCUGCAUCAGUUUGGUUUCACUCAGACCGGAAUUUUCAACAUAGAAACAAUGCCUUGUAACCAUCACGUAGAUAGACCACCAACGGUAGUGGCUCUUUAUGACUACACAGCAAAUCGAUCAGAUGAACUAACCAUCCAUCGCGGAGACAUUAUCGGAGUGUUUUUCAAAGAUAAUGAAGACUGGUGGUAUGGCAGCUUAGGAAAGGGACAGGAAGGUUAUUUUCCAGCUAAUCAUGUGGCUAGUGAAACACUGUAUCAAGAGCUGCCUCCACAGGUAAAGGAGCGAUCCCCUCCUUUAUCCCCCAAGGAAAAAUCCAAAAGGGGAAAGCCGUCAUCUUUUAAAAAGUCGGUCAAUAAGGACAAGUCUAAGGAUUUCAAACGGGGCUCAGAAUCUAUGACACAUUCUGAAGUGGGCAGAGAACCGAGCCAUGCAGACCGAGGACACGUGAAAGAUACGCAGGGGAAGAAGAGUGAGCAAACCGGCCGAAAAGUCACCCUCAUGGAGUAAAGAGUUGAAGAAUAAUGAAGAGACAAAAAAACCAAAUACACAGAAAUGAAAUGACAAUAGAAACCAAAUGGAAUUGCUCUUCAAAGUUCAGAAUUUUCAGAAACUAAGGAAGAAAGGAAGCCUCCACCAUUCUUGUUCUUAUGAAAGAAUCUAGAAAAAUCAGAAGCAAGGUACACUUGGAAAAACAAAUGUGGCCUUUUGAGCUUAUUUGUUAUAAACCAUUGUGAUUGUUGUUGAUCAAAGUAUUGGUACUUGUAUUUAUUAGUAAUUGCAUCAAAAUUACAUUGCCUCUAUUGGAAAACCAAUAAAGAAAAAGCCAUAAUUGCUGCUCAGCAACUGUGAAGCAAAAGUGUCAGCAUUGUUAGGGUGUUCAUUAAGUAAUCACUUAAUAUUAUUAUAUCUGUAAUUGGUUAUUAUCAUCUGCAAUGUGGUUAUAGAUAUAUGACAUUAUGCUCAAAACAUUAAGUAUCUGCUUUUCAAAUUUAACUGUAUUUAAAAUAUAAACAGUUUCAAAAUAUUGUGUACUCAAAAUACUUCCUGUAAGGAAGGCAGGCAUUAAAAGGGAACAAAUUUGUUUGUUUUGAAUGAAUUAUAUAUGUAACUUGAUAGAGAUUAAAAUGUCUUUUGGCUAGACUGGCAACAGUAGUCCAAAUUUCUUUACUUUAAAAAAAAGCAUUUCAUAUUUAAGUAUGUAAAUGAUUUAUAGACUGACAUUGUUCAAUAUUUAUUUUAGUCUUAAUAUUUUUUAAAAAUUAUUACAUUGCAUUAUUUAUUUCUUUAGUUCCAGAAUAAAGGUGUCAUUACUAUAUGACUAUAUAUUUUGAAGUGUGAUGUUAUAAUAAUAAACUUUCGUUCCUUUUUUCUUCUUGA